CUCACAAGCCCCGGCAUGACUUGGUUUGAGCUUGCUGCUGGCUGCCUUCGGCACCUUAAGCAUCUAGCAUCCACCAAAGCCUCAUGUUCCUAACCAGCUCAGCAUCUCCUGAGCACAGUAACCCACCGACCCAGGGGGAGAGCACAGCAAAAGCACCGGAAAACCUGAAAUUCAGUUGCUCUGAAAUGUCAGUUUGUGUUGCAGAGCUACAGCCCUGCCACAUGCUGUCAAGUGUGGGCUCAGGUGUAGGCUGCUCACCUCACAGAGUCCUUCCCAUGCUUUGGCUCUCUGAGUAUGUCAGGAAAUGAGCUGGGCUUUGUAGUUCUGGAUCAGGGUACAAAAAAAUUGCUGUCUCUCUCUUUAUGUUUGUUUGCAGAUGGGCCAUGCCUGGGUUUGGUGGGAGUCUGAGAUGGAGUCUCCCAGCGAGUCAGAGAAGAACAGUGACUUCCAGUCUCUUCUCAGCUGGGAUUCAAGCUUGGAUCUGGACGUGAGGAGCUGGAGGAAUACUGAAGAGGUGGCCAUGGGGAAGCUAGAGGAGAGCAGCCGAGAGGCAGACCAUGAGCUGGAGUUCAGUGAGCCUCUCUGGGAGGAUGAUAGUGAAGACUACCAAAAGGCAGAGAGGCCAUGUGAAGAUGACAGUCUUCUCCAAUUCUUCUCAGAGAUAACCCAGAUGAUGGAACCUCUCCGCAUUAGCAGCACAGAGUCAUCACAGACUCAGUGGGAUUAUUGUGGCUCUGGGAAGCAGGGUGAUAGGGAAGAUGUGAGCUGCCAGGAAAAGACCACAGGAACAGCAGUCUCAGGAGCAGAGGAAAGUCAACUACACAUGCUGGCAGAAGAUGAGAAGGAACACUUCCUGGGAAGAGAGGACAACACUCAAGAGGCACCUGGAGAGCAAACUUUAGGUGAGCCGCAUCCACAGGACAUGAGUAAUCAGGCCCAGGAUCAAGAUGAUAGUGAUAGCACCUCUGCAGCCCCUGUGCUGGACUCCACAAGCCCUGCUAACACGCAGCUAGUGCAGCUGAGCUGGGAUAACCCCCUGCAGCAUUUGCUCUUCAGAAGAACUCUGUUGUCCAUCUGGAAGAUGAUAGCCAGUCACAGAUACAGUGGUCCGUUCCUGAAAGCAGUGUCAGAGAAACAAGCCCCUGGAUACAGGGAUGUGGUGAAGAGACCCAUGGAUUUAACCAGCAUAAAGAGAAGACUGUCAAAGGGACACAUUCAGUCCAUGAUCCAGUUCCAGCGUGACCUCAUGCUCAUGUUCCAGAAUGCCAUGAUGUACAACAGCUUCAACCACCACAUCCACCGCAUGGCCAUGGAGAUGCAGCGAGAGGUCUUGGAGCAGCUGCAGAUGUUGUGUGAAGCCCUCCUGUGCUCAAGGGACAGGCUGGGGUGGGGGAGAAGGUAAUAAGCCACGUCUGAGGCCUGUUUCUUUUGGAGCAGUGUUGUCUCAGUGGCUCAAGAGGUCUGCUGCAGCUCAGGGGACGUGCUGACACUGCCGCCAUGGCCUGCGGCAGACCUAGUUAUCCCGCACUGGUGCCUGCCAGGUUGAUGGGAUAAGGAACAAAACUGUUUCUAGGAGGGGCACCGGAAGGGAAACCUCCUUUCUUCCCCUGGGAAGAGCAGCAGCGCAGCCCUGCAGUGAGAAAAGGUUCCCUGGGAUGAAAAAAAAAAGCGGGGGGGAGAAAACCACCUUUGUGACCAGUUGGGAUGAAUCAGGGCCCAGCCCCAUGAAGGUUGCUGGCUGUUCACCCAGGGCGCUGCAGGAGAGCUCUGCUGUCCCCUGCCUUCCCUGCACGUCUGCGGCGUCGCUGGGCUGGGCUUCGGGCUGACUUGAGCGUUUCCCCCCCGCUGUCGCCUGAGGCCCCGAGGGCGGCGGGGCCCCGCGGUGCUGCGGCCUCCGCCCGCCGGGGAGGCCAGCGCCGGCCGCACCCCAGUAA